AUGGGGUUUUUCAGGAUACGCCGCUCCAUCCCUCCCAGGCAGACCAUCCUUCCUUGUCCCUACGGGCAUAUGGGACUUGUGUUAGGUCAAAGUGCACGUGUCCAUGGUCUAAACUUGGCCAGCAGAGCUGGUGUUGCCAUGCUGCUCACCGAGGCAGGGAAUGAGCCUGAGAGCUCCCUUCGAAAAUCGCGAAAUACGUAA